CUUAGUGACAAUCCUCUUCACUGGAAAAGUCAUCUUAGUUCCAGCAGGACAAAUAAAGACCUGCCGUACAUACUGUACGUAUACACGGGACUUUCUAUCUGCUGGAGGUGUGUCGGUGAUCCAGUGCAGCCAUGUGUGACCAAACGUUUGUGGCGGCCACCUUUGGCCCGUGUGAAAACUGCACAAAGCCCAGUCCGCUCCUGAACAUCUACAUCAAGAGCGAGCCCAUCAACUACUGUUCCUUCUGCGUGGAACAGAUGGCAUGUGAGGGCCUCACGGCUGGAGAAAGUCUGGCGUCGCUGAAGCGGGAAAGUGAGAGUUUGAAGAAGAAGUUGGACGAGGAGAGGAACAAGCUGAGCGAUGUGCAGCUGCAUCAGUUGGCAGAGAAGGUGGAGGCGUUGAGCUCUCUGUCGGUGAAGACCAGACGUGUGCUGAAGGGGCACAACAACAAAGUGUUAAAUAUGGAUUGGUGCAAAGACAAGCGACGCCUGGUCAGCUCUUCACAGGAUGGAAAAGUCAUCGUAUGGGAUGCCUUCACCCUUAAUAAGGAGCAUGGCGUGAGCCUGCCGUACACGUGGGUGAUGGCGUGUGCCUUCGCCCCCUCGGGUUGUGCUGUAGCAUGCGGAGGACUGGACAACAGGUGCUCGGUGAUCCCACUUUCUUUGGACCCCAAUGAGAACCUGGCGGCAAAGAAAAAGGCUGUGGCGAUGCACACCAACUACGUGUCAGGAUGCGUCUUCACCAAUUCUGAUGUGCAGCUCCUGACCAGCAGUGGAGACGGGUCAUGCGCUCUGUGGGACAUAGAGAGUGGACAGCUCCUGCAGAGCUUCCACGGUCACACUGCUGACGUCUUGUCUCUGGACCUCGCCCCCUCCGAGACGGGAAACACUUUUGUCUCUGGGGGCUGUGAUAAGAAGGCCAACGUGUGGGACAUGCGCUCAGGUCAGAACAUCCAGUCCUUUGAGAGCCACCAGUCUGACAUCAACUGUGUCAAGUACUACCCCAGUGGCGAUGCAUUCGCUUCUGCUUCUGACGACGCCACAUGUCGCUUCUAUGACUUACGCGCCGACCGUGAAGUGGCCGUCUAUGAGAAAGACAGCAUCAUCUUCGGAGCCUCCAGCGUGGAUUUCUCUUUUAGCGGUCGCCUGCUCUUCGCCGGCUAUAAUGACUACACCAUAAACGUGUGGGACGUCCUAAAGGGAAGUCGUGUUUCAGCUCUGUUUGGACACGAGAACCGCAUCAGUCGCGUCAGAGUGUCACCUGACGGAACGGCGCUCUGCUCGGCCUCCUGGGACAACACUUUACGGAUUUGGGCAUAGACUCUGCAACUUUGCGGCACUGAAACUGACAAAGAGAGGAUAACUGGUAGAAAGUGAAGCCAAUAUAAAAUAAAAAUAUCAUGUAGGGUUGACUUUUUAACUCUUAAUUGUGGUGGGUUAUUCCUGGGUAUUUAUUAAGCACCAGCAUACACCAAACUGAGUCCAAACUGUACAUAUCCUGUACAUAAACAAAUAAUAAAGCAAUAAUAAAUCAUAAUAAAAUAAUAAAUAAUAAUAAACCAAAGCAGACAUCAAUUUAAUCCAAGAAACAUGCAUCAAAAAGCUUUUACAUGGUUUUCUUGUUUGAUAUUAUAAUAUAAUAACAUAACAUGACAAUAAAAUUUGACUCCAGACAUCCA